AUGAGCAAAGACGGAGAAGAGCGCAGAAAAAAUCGCCAGGAUGAUUUCGAAGAUAGCAUCGGCGCACAAGCUGACUUUCGCGUCAACAUGCUACAAAUGACUUCGGAGCUCAUACCAAACUACUCAGGACAAGACGGUACAUUCACAGCGGCACAAUGGGCGCAGAAAAUUGAAGAUAAUGCUCAAAUAUUCGGCUGGACUCCACUACAGCAAUUAUUAGUGGCGAGGCGCUCGUUGACCGGCACGGCAGCGCUUUGGCUCCGUGCGGAACGACCGUUUAAGUCGUGGGAUGACCUAAAAGCUGCAGUAUUGAAAGAAUUUCCUGAUUCUGUCGACAUCAAAACCAUACACGAAACGAUGAGCACACGCAAGAAGAAAGACAAUGAGAGCUGUUUGGAUUAUAUGCUGCCUAUGAAAGAGUUGGGAAAGAGAGGGAAAAUGCCAGAUUACGUGGCUAUUAAAUAUAUUGUCGAUGGGAUACGGGAUCUGGAGACAAAUAAGAUAAUGCUAUAUGGUGUUACUACGUACGCAGAAUUAAAAGAAAAGCUACGUAUUUACGAAACUGUAAGGAGUAAAAUGGAACAACGUCGUCGAUCGGAGGCGCGCAGUCCCAGACAAAAAACAUCUGAAAAGAAUCGCUGUUUUAGCUGUGGCGAGAUGAAUCAUACGUCUGCAUUUUGCCCAUAUAAAGAAAAGGGAUUAGUGUUUUAA